AUGCGAAGCGGCCGUGGCAGCAAGCGGAGCCUGAGGUCGCCGCCCGUCCAGCGCCAGCGGUGUGUGCAGCUGGAGGGGGGCGAAGGCGACGACGACGGGGCGGGGGUGCCAGGCCGGUCUCCCCGCCCUCUCCCCUCUUCGGCCGAGCACAGAGACGUCGUCCUAGAGGUUGACCCCAUCCGAGUGACGACCGAGACGCCCUCGCCGGAGGUGCCUGUCGUGGUGGUGGCGACGGCCGAGGGCGGCACGCGCACGCAGGCCCUGUACCGCCUACGCGGGCGGCCCGGUCAGCCCUCUUCCUACAACCACAGUGCCUCCGCCGGAGACCCGCUCCCGAGAACACACACAUAUCACAAAUACGGCAGCGCCAGCUUCGACCUCGCGAGGCCCAGCGGCUACGAGAAGGCGCGCGCGGCCUUCCACACGAGUCGCAGCAGCUUCGAGGGCGACCGGCGGCUGUCCCUGAGCGCCCGAGGGGCAUGUGACAGCUUCGACAAGGGCGUGGGCUCGGGCAGGCACUUGCCAUCCAUGGAAACGGCGUCCAGGCCGUGCAGCAGCGGCAACGCCAGCGAGCGGGCGCUGCCGGAGGGCCCGCCGCGAGGAGGCUUCCGCCGAAGCCGCAGCGAGAGGGUGGGCGGCGGCUCCUCGUCGGGCUCGUCGCCGGCGCGCAGCGAGUCCCUCCGCGUGGCCAGGUCGCGGCCACGCCUCCAGGACGUCGAGAUGACCGAGAUCUGCGCACCCCGCAGGAUGCACUACGACGAGUAUAGACUGUCGGCCGACCUGAGCCCGACGGCGCCCGUGGUCAGCAGCGGCGAGAGCGCCGUGGCGACCUCCGGCAGGUACUCCUGGAGAUCCGUCGGCGUCGCGGGCCUUCGUCAGUCGUCCCUCGAGAGCGGCGAGCUGGAGGACCUGAUGGAGAACCGGAGGCACGUGGAGCAGCGUCGGCUCCUCCUCCAGGCCGACUCCACGACGCCUUCGGACGAGGACGAGGAACCGAGGAGCAAAGUCAGAUACAACGACAUGGGGUCGCUGGAGCAGUCUGGAGGAAGCGACUCAGCUAGAGCUCGAACAUGUACCUCUGUGACACUCGUUUAUUCCGGUUGGCAGCGUCGUCCUAAGCUCAGGAUCUUCCAACAGGUGAACGAGGAAAUGGCCGAUCUCCUGGACGACUCCAGCGUUGCCUCGAAUGACGUUCAGGAGAAGAUAAAGGUACAAUGCCGUGCCCUUUGGCAGCUGCGAGCUACCCUGGAGGAGGAGGACCCCGAGGAACCUGACUCGGACUCCGGCAGGAUGGAGGUCUUGAGUUCUCCCGACCACCACUCGCCGGGAAGGACCUCGGAUCUUGAGAACGUCACUAGCGCCACCAGUCACACAACGUCGUUCGAGAGUAACACCGAAGCCAUCGUGGGCGGCGAAUCGGGCGGCAUAGAAGGCCCCGCGGUCGAGGAGGUGGGCGUAGUCUGUCGCGAGGACGUGGGCGAAGUCUGUCGUGAGGAGGUGGGCGGAGUCUGUCGCGAGGAAGUGUCCCAGGGAAGAGCAGAGACCGAGGCAACGCAGACGACCCUCACCCUGCCGUCUUCAGAAGCGAGGCGCACCUCCUACAGAGCAAUAUUGGCCAGCAGACUAAAGCAACUGGACGCCUCGACUCGACCGCCGCUCUCAGCAGAGAACAGCUUCGAUUCCGUGGACACCGAGUGCUCCUCGACGACGGACCUGAGUCGCCCUGAGGCCCUCACCACGAGCUUCGACUCCACCACUGACUGCCCGACGGACUCCACCAGCGACACGCACUCGCACCGCCUCCAGCAGAUGAAGGCCGACAGCGGCUACAGGAGUCUGGAAGCCAACAACGGCCGACCUCCAAAGCUCAGUAAAAAGCAGAUCCACUUCAUGGAGGACAGCGUGGAGGUCACGGAAGUGGACGUGGAGCGAGACCGCAGCCGGGAGCGCCCCAGAAGCACGGACUUCUCCCAGGACCUUCCUGACGAGCUGGGGGAUCCACAGAGCAAGAGAGAGAGGCUCAGGAAGAGUUUUGCUCAGUUCGAGAGGCGCACCAGCAAGUCCCUGACCAAGAAGCGCCGAGAGGCCCUGCGCGAAAGACACGCCUCCCUCGACACGGCGCUCAGCGUCCCCCUCUCCGGCCCCCUCAUCGGCGUGGGAGGCUCCCUCGAGGUCGACGCCGCCACCACCGACGAGAUCAGCGGCAAAAGGUCCGUGCUCGCGCGGUUCCUCCGGACGCACAGGUACCCGGCGGCCCACUAUCGCCUUCUGCAGCGCGACUACUCCAUAGACGAGAAAUCCGAUCGCCUGUUUAAGGAAUUCAGUCGGACGGAGGUCCCCUUGGAGUGGGAGCCCUCCAACAGACGGAGCUCUCGCUUCUACACCAGCAGGCGUCUCCACCGGCACCUGGACGCCGAAGGGUCGCCCAGGUCGCACCGCCGCAAGCUGUCGCCGCAGGACUCCAUCGAGGAGGAGGACCAGAUGGCCGCCGCCCUGUGGGAGGGGGAGGUCUCGCGGCCCGAGUCCCUGACGGGGUCCAUCGCGGGCGACGACGUGGCCUCCUUCGCCGUGACCGAGGAGGCUGAGUGACGCCCUUCGCUCUCCAGGGAGAUAAGGAUAUGACUGUCACACGCGAAGGAGAGUGGAUAGCGUUGCCUUGCCCAAGCAGUGGGGUGCCAGUCAGCGAGGUGAUAUCCGAGACUGAGGUCCGUCGCUGCAACUGGAGGACGGGGCAACUGAGUCAGCUGACGUGCGGGUUUUUUAUUGAUGGUGAAUAGUGUAUUCGCAUAUCCUUCUCUAUCGAAUCUCGUCGACUAGUUCAUUAUUAGCUCUUCUUAUUUGAGUCACGUAGUGAUAGUGUCAAGGUGGAUACAAAGUGAUUCGCGCGCACAGCGAUCUCCGUCGGUGGCAUGAAAAAACGAAGGGAUGGAAUUACAGUCAAACAAAUAUAUCAAAAAACAUUCCCGGAGAAGAAAUAAUAAUAAUGAUGAGUAGCAAUAGAAAAAGCGUUUCCCUUAAUGUGUUUCACCUACAGUAAAUAUUUUUCCUCCCUAUAAGCAUGUUGAAUUCGAGUGUUCAUGAGGAAGCUGAAAGAUACAAGUUCCAGUCACAGAAACAGGAACGAUAUUGUUAGAAGUUAAACAAAAGACGAACGAAUGAAGUGGACAUGGAAAUGAGAUCAACGUAGUGUUCACGAUUAUUACCAUAUGUUUUUGUUUUUUUUCUUGCAGGGUUCUUACUAUCUAUUAAGAAUGAUAUUAUAUAGGUCCCAAAUAUACUUAUAAUGUUACAAGAUACAAAACGUAAGUAAUUAGAGGAUACAUGUGCUACACAAAGCCGACAGCGGUAUUCCAUGAGUGAAGUGCAUAUGUACUCGGCAAUACACAUUUGUGAUCAACUGUAGGGUUAAGAGAGUGUUAAAAGUGGAUGAUUUAUAACUUAAGCCCUGUGGUGUAGUGAUGAGUGUGUUUUGUACAAGAAGAAGAUCACAUGAAACAAUCAAGUAUUGGCCAGCUAGUUACCAGUCUCCCUUUCUCUGUCCAUAGUAAAAAAAAAGAAAGAAAAAAAAAAAGCAUUUAUUUUGUAAUGAAAAAACAACAACAAAGAAUUAAAAAUCAUUCAUUUAUACUCAAGUGCCUCAUGGUAGUUAAACGUCUUUGUCUUGAUAUCCAUUAUAGUUUUUCCAUUGCUUCUAAUGCCAGAUAGAUUGGAAUACACGAUUUUAUAAGAGUUCUGUGGUAAGAGCGGCUUAAUCUUCAGACUGAUAAUACGCUGGUCUGAUGCUUCUGAUGUGUUUUCGAAACGUGGUCCUUCAAAUAAAUAUAGUUUGUUCUGCUUAAGAUGUCCGUCUUGCUCGAUCCAAAAGUGACAAUUUAGGUUUGACUGAAGUUCU